GGGGGAGCGGGGGGGGGGGGGGGCUGGUGCGGGAGGACUUUCGCGGUGGAGGGGGCAGUUUUAACGGUCGGAAGAAGCGAAACCAUUGGCUGGGUCGACUAUAGUCGUGGUCACUUUUACUUCAAAAAAUACCAAAAGCGCAACCUUAUACUCUAAUGAGAUUUAAAGCCUGCACAACUGUAACGCUUCAUUAAGCAACAAGGAACGUUCUUCACAGAAAUUCAUUUGAGAAUACCGCGAAGAUCGAUUCCUGGCAAACUAUUUCCGAUCUUGGAAUUCACGAGUGGUCUCCUCAAGUCCUCGCCGACCCUGCCACCCAUCAGCAUGCAGACGCCGAAGCUCGCCGACCUGGCGGUGGGCACCGCGGAGGCGGCGCUGCGGGUGGCGCGCCUCCGACUGCAGUCCGCGGAGGUCGAAACAGACGCCGCCAGGACGUCUGUGCAGCUGGCCGAGCUCAGCAGGUACCACGCCGUCAAGCGCAGGGAGCUGGGCACGCUGCGGCAGCAGGCGGACGACAGCAGUGGGGCUGGGGUCCCGGUCAACGCUCCCUCGCCGCCCACUUCCCCGGCAGCCAAGAGGGCGAAGACAGCAGCCUCUGACGCUCUAGUGGAGGCCGAGAGACGUUUAGCAGAGGCCCAGAGUCAGGAGCCGGAGGCCCAGAAGGCGGUGGAGGCGGCGAGGGGCCGCGCGGAGGACCUGAGGCGCCGCCUGGAGCAGUGCCAGCGAGAGAUGCGCGAGACUCUGCGCGCUGCGGAGGGGCAGGUGGAGCAGCCAGGCGGAGCUCAAACUCACAAGGUGGGGCUGGCCUCGCUGCCCGAGGACGAGUUGCUGCUGGUGCUGAGCUACCUCGAGCCCAGGGAGCUGUUCGCGUGCCGACGAGUCUGCCGCCGGUGGGCAAACGUGGCGAUGCAUCGGGACUUGUGGAGUAAGAGGAGCCUCAGGGAGUACAGUGUUUACUAUGCCGGCAGUGACAACGUUGGACUGAUCGCUGCAGCACUACGUCGAAGCCCCUGCCUGCGCAGCCUCACCUUGCAUCGAGACCCUUUCGACCGUCUCGGCGUUCUGCUCGCGCUUUCGUGGUGCGCUGUGUCGGAACUCGACAUCACAGUCAGAGCAGAGCACGCAGUCCUCUGCGCGAUGCUGCUGAGCAAGCAAGCUUCGAUGGGGCGGCUCAAAAAGCUGAAGGUGAAUGUUGAAAGUUCCAGUGUCCUGAAAAGUCCAUGUGCCCUACGGCACCUGCUUCAAGAAGUUCUCUCCAUCCGGGGUCUAGAAACGAUCAAGGUGAAAUUAUCAGCUGACUUCGCUAAAGCUAAGGAUCUUCUCAAGGCUGUGGGAUACGAGUACCGUGCUCCGCCGGCCCUGCGGGAGCUGGUGCACAAGAACGACUUCGCGGACCCGUACCUGCCCCUGCAACUGGAGUGGCACGCGGCCACGCUGGAGGUCGUGAGAUUCCAAAGUGCGUUCGACGGCGCCGCUUCUCUUCUCAGCGUGCUGCCGCGCCUGCGGGAGUUGCGUUGCCCCCUGCUGGCCGACAUGGAGGACCUGCACUGCCCGGCGCUCCGGACGCUCCACCUGGAGGUCUACGUGGGCGACGCCACGCGGCCGUGCCUGCCCGGGGCGGGGGUGUUCCUCCGCGACGCCGUGGCCCACCUGGAGGAGCUGACCCUGGAGUACGACGAGAACGAGGAGAACGCCGCCGCCGUCAACCUGGUGCUGAGCCUGGCGGGCUGCGGCAGCGCCGCACCGGCACUGCGUCGCCUCGCGUUCUCCUACGUAGACGCCUUCGUCUGGACCGUUCAAGAAGUGAUGCGACCCCUGACCGCCGUUCUUCACCGCCUGGAACGCCUCGUGUCGCUCAACAUAUGUGGGCCACUCCCGCGGGACUUCUUGGACGCCCUCGACGGCAAGGUGCUGCCCCUCCUGGAGGAGCUGUGCUUCACCUUCAACAGCGACUGCCCGCACGCCUGGGCGCACGGCGCUGUUGCCAAGAGUGUCCUGCGGCGCUAUCCGCGGCUGCACUUGGUGGUGGACCCCGCGCAUGACCCGUCCGAGUGCUCGUACUGUGUGGCCAAGACCUGCCACGACUUGGACGAGGAUGAAGCUUUCACUAUAUUCAGCCAUCCCGUCGAGGCGCCCUGUGGCGUCGAGCACAAGGCACGCGAAAUGCACAUCGCUCUGGACUGAUAUCAACAGUAGUCUGGAGGCAUGCUCGCAAAUUAUGUCGCAACUUUCCUGUCGUGAUUUUUAGGGUUCCAUUCAAAUGGACUUCAGUGUGUUGAAAACGGAAGUCCUGCAUAUGUUCUUCUGUAUGGAUCGUUUGUUUUUCUCUGAGAUUAAAUUUUGCAAGAAGUGGAAGUUUUUUGAUUU